AAAAAAAGUUGCCCCUCCAAAAAGCUUCAGCACAAAGAGAGCGGUUGAGUCCAGAUCGAAUCUGCCUCGACACCACGACCCAACUUCUCUUCUACAUUCCACCUCUUUUUUCAAAAAUCACAAUCAAAACUUCCACAAUGUCUCCUCCCGUGACUUCUGACCCCGUCACCACGCCUGUGCGGCCCCCGACCCCGGUCCACGCCUUUGGCACUCUGGCCGUCCACGCCGGCUCUCCCAUCGACCCUGCCACCGGCGCCGUCAUUGAGGCCAUCUCUCUGUCCACAACCUUUGCCCAGUCGGCCGUCGGCAAGCCCGUGGGCAUCUACGAGUACUCGCGCUCUUCCAACCCCAACCGCGACAACUUCGAGACUGCCGUUGCGGCCCUCGAGCACGCCCGCUACGCCCUGGCCUUCUCCUCCGGCAGCGCCACCACGGCCAUCAUUCUGCAGAGCUUGGCCGCCGGCAGCCAUGUCAUCUCCGUCUCGGACGUCUACGGCGGCACCCACCGCUACUUCACGCAGGUCGCCAAGGCCCACGGCGUCAAGGUCACCUUCACGCCCGAGAUCGAGGUCGACAUUGCCGAGCACAUCACCCCCGACACGCGGUUGAUCUGGAUCGAGACGCCCAGCAACCCGACCCUCCGCCUGGUCGACAUCCGCGCCGUCGUCACCGCUGCCCACAAGCACGGCGUCCUCGUUGUCGUGGACAACACCUUCAUGUCCCCCUACGUCCAGAACCCCCUGGAGCUGGGCGCCGACAUUGUCGUGCACUCCGUCACAAAGUACAUCAACGGCCACAGCGAUGUCGUCAUGGGCGUUGCCGCCUUCAACAGCGACAACCUCAAGACCCGCCUGAGCUUCCUCCAGAACGCCAUUGGCGCCGUGCCCUCGGCCUUUGACUCAUGGCUGGCUCACCGUGGUCUCAAGACGCUCCACCUCCGUGCUCGUGAGGCCACUACCAACGCCACCACCGUUGCCCACGCCCUCGAGGCUUCUCCUCACGUCAUUGCCGUCAACUACCCCGGCCUUGACUCCCACCCUCACCGCGCAAUUGCCCUCAAGCAGCACCGCGACGGCAUGGGCGGUGGUAUGCUGUCUUUCCGCAUCCGCGGUGGCCACGCUGCCGCCGAGCGAUUCUGCCAGGUCACCAAGAUCUUCACCCUCGCCGAGUCUCUGGGAGGAGUUGAGAGUUUGUGCGAGGUCCCUAGCAGCAUGACCCACGCCGGUAUUCCCCGUGAUCAGCGUGAGGCUGUCGGUGUUUUUGACGACCUGGUCAGACUGAGCUGCGGUGUUGAGGAUGCUGAGGACCUGAAGAACGAUGUUCUCCAGGCGUUGGAGGCUGCCGUCUCCUUCACCAAGGGCGCCAACGGCACCAACGGCGUCUAAAUCCGUCAUCUUGUGAUUUCUCCUGCAUUCAGUUUUUUUUUUUCUUUAUAUCUUUUAGAUAUGUGUCAUGAGCAUUUGAUUUUUUACAACGAUUAUAGACAAUGAUAGGAAGCGUGGAACAGAUUUACGAAUCUGAACAAAAGCAAACUGUUACGAGGGAAGGAGGAGAGGAGGAGGAAACAGUCCUCUGAGCCGACCUAUUCAUUCUAGGGAGGUCAAGGUAAUAUCAGGCUGUGGCAUGAAACGGCGUGUGAAUUGUGAUUUUCCCAACAAUUUACCGGGCUAAUCUCUUUUUCUUAUUGGAAACUUGAGGGUUUUUGUUUACUUUACCUGCUGUCUAGGCACUGGAGGUGUGUAUACACAAUUCAGCUGAAGAGCAAUGAUUGAAUAAUAAUCCGAAUGUCUGCCA